GCUUACAAUGCUUGCUAUUAACAUACUUGGAAUUUAUGCAGUCACAAAAUCUUCGUUUGCAAAUGCUACAAUUACAGACAUAAUUUUUUCACUAUUUUAUGUCACUGUGCAUUUGAUACUGAUGACAUUGAUUUGUCAUUUUGGAUCAUCAACAACUUAUGAAGCUGAUAGUAUCAAAAUUACAUUCGCUAAAGGAAUGAAUAAGAUUCAUUUAUUAUCUGAAAAAUCUUCUAUGCUUUAUGUUUACAAGCAGAUAGAGUCGAGAGACUUGAGGCUUCAGAAUGUAUCAUUUGUUGUGGAUUGGAAAGUGUUUUUCGGGACGAUAUACACCGUAGUCACCUUCUUGAUAAUCACGUGUCAAUUUCAAUCGCCAUUGCGCUAGUUUGUUUGCACAAGAAUAAUCAAUUAAUUAUAAUGUAGAAUUUGUUCG